UUCAGAAACAAACUAACUUUUAAGGGCUAUCUUCGCUCCCAAACCCUAAAACCUAAUCUGCUCUCCCCGACUCCCUCACAGCCACCUGCACCCUCCUCCCUGUGCACGCUGCGCACAGCCCGGCCGCCGGAGACCGAGCUCCGGCCGCCAGAUUCCUCUCUCUCUCCCACUCCCUCAAUCCUCUCUCAAUCCCUGUCCCCCGCUCUCUUUUUCCUUGUGGACCAGACUUGCAAGGAGGGCCGCGCCUCUCCCCUCGGGCUCUCCCCCGCGUCGCGGACCUCCGGCGGUCCCUCCCCGGCGACCCCCAGCUCCGCCGAGGCCGCGGAGCUCCUUCUCGAGCAGCCUCAGUUAAAAUGCAUGGAGACAAUUAUACGGGAAAGGACUUUGGAUGCUGCCUGCCAUUAUUCUUCUUUAAUGGGGUCUCCACAAUUGAGUUCGGAGUUGGCACCUCCUUUUCAAUCUAGUUCAAGAAUUACUCCUAAUUUGGCACCUCAAUCAAUUCAUGGCUCCUCUAUUUCUAACUUCUCUACAGCGCUUGGAUAUCGACCUAAUGGACAGCAUAGAGUGGUUGCUAGCUUCUCUUCUUGUUCGAACGGUAGAGUUGUGGAUUCAAUUGGCAGCAUUUUGGGAACAAAUUUUGCUCAUCAAGCUUCUUAUUCAUCAUAUUUGUGUUCUACUCCCUGUAACACUUCGUUAAAAAGAGCUGUCCAGAACAACGGAGCAAGCUCAAAUAUAUUAUGUGUACGUGAUAAUGGAUCGAGGUCUCUCAAUGAUCAAACUAGAAUGACCUUGGAGCAGUACAAUAUAUAUGAUAAUACACAUUUGAGCUUGGGCUCUGAAGCAUGUGUUCCUUGGAUGCACAAUUCAUCUCUAUCAGCACUUGGUUCCAGCAGGAAAUCUAAUUUUAUGGAUAAAUUCAAUUGCGAAUCCCCUGUGUUACUGGACUGUGCUGGAAUGGCUUCUGUUUUGGGCUUAGGGGCAUCGAAGCGGUCACGAAACAUUCACGAAUUUCCAGAAUCAGUUCUGGAGGCGCAUGAUUUAUUACAAGGGCAAUCUUUUCAGGAUACCCAAUUUAGUAACAAUCAUCAUCAUGUAUUGCAAAAAGAAGAUAACUUUGGGCAGCCAAAGGUGUUGACUGAGAAAAAUGCUGUAGGCCCUUCACAGCAGAACAGCAAAUUAAUUGAUUUUGCUCAGGUGAACAGUAAUGUUGCAAAAACUCAUGAAAAGUCUCCUACCUCGAGUAGCAAAUUGGGCUUGGAGAAAUUGAUUAAUUUUCUAUUUCUUUAUGAACAUGUAUUGAGCUGCUCACUUCGUGAAAGGGAAUGUGAUGUACACCUUUGUCCAAAUUUUAAAGAGAAGCUUAAUCACAUUUUGAAUUGUAAUGUUAAAGGCUGCGAAAAAAGUUGUUAUGGGCCUAGGGUACUCAUCGAUCAUUAUAGGAAGUGCCGCUCAAUUGAAUGCCAGUUGUGUGGUCCAGUCUGGAGAAAAUUAGCAGAAGUUUCUGACCAGCUGCGACCUGCAAAACGUUGUAGGACUGAAAGCUGUAGUGCCUUUCUCUCCAGUCAAAAUGAAACUUUUAAAGAACAACGGCCUGCCCUGAAUUCUAAUGGUUCUUCUUCCCAAGGUUCAUCGAGAACAUUUCAAGGGACAGUGAUGUCUACGAAUGUGAGCUCUGAGAUUCAAGAUGUGUCUAUGAAUCAGAAAUUUUUGGACUCUUCUACUUCUAAAGCUGACGACUGGAAUGCGAACCUUGUGAGGCUGGAAGAGACUAAAGUGCAACGAGAGCAAGAAAAGACAAAGAUGAAGAAUGAGGUCGAUGAUGUUGCAGCUGAAAUACAAGAAAAUGCAGAAAUUCAGAACAAGGACAGUGACUUCGCCGUUAGGAUGCAAGAAGACCCACAUAUUAAGGACGAGGACGGUAAUAUCGUGCUCAAGCUACAAGAAAAAACAAAAAAUCAGAAUGAAAUUGGAGUCAGAGUUGUGGUCGAGAUGCAAGAAAAUUCACGAAUUCAGAAUGAGGGCAGUGAUUUUGUGCCCGAUACAGAAUGCAAGCCUGAUUCCUUACAAGUUGUCACUCCAGUGGUUAUUGAAUCAAAUUUGGUAAAUCCGAGAAUUGAAGUGGUUUCACUUAUCGAUACAUUCACUGCAGAGAAAAUCAGGGAACACCUUAAGAGUCUCAAGCAAUGCAGUGGUCAGGGUCAUGCAAAAUCCGGACAAUCCCAACGGUACGAUCGAUUGAGAACAUGCACUUUAUGUGGGAUGGAACAGCUUGUUUUUGAAACCCCUCCAAGAUUUUGUGCAUUAUGUUCCAAGCAAAUCAACCCUAGAGGACCCUACUAUGAAAACACGGCAAAAGGAGAUUAUCCACUUUCUUUCUGUAGCAAAUGCUUCAAAGUUCCUGGUGAAGUUAUAAAGACUAUUAAUGGAGAUGUUCCGAAGGUUAACUUAGAUGAGAGAUGGUGUUAUGCUGAAACAGAUACUAAAGAUGAACCAUGGCUCACCUGUGUAAAGUGUAAUAGUUGGGAACAUCAAAUUUGUGCUCUUUUCAAUGGAGAAAUUAAUCAAGGGCUUAAAGUAGAACAUACUUGCCUACACUGCAUAUUAGAGGAGCUAGAAAGCGGAGGCCGUGAACCGUUGCAACCAAGAUUGGUUUUUGAAGCACAAAACUUACCAACAACUAUGCUGAGCGACCACAUUGAGCAAAGGCUUUUCCAUCGUCUUAAUCAAGACAGGAAGAACAGGUCAGAUGCCCUGGGAAAGAAUAUUGAAGAGGUACCAGGAGCAGAAGGUCUAACAGUGCGAGUUGUUUCAUCAGUCGAGAGGAAAUUGGAUGUGAGGCCACUUUUUCACGACAUCUUUAAAGAAAAAUAUCCGAAAGAAUUCCCUUACAAGUCAAAGGCCAUUUUGUUGUUUCAGAAGAUUGAUGGUGUUGAUGUUUGCCUUUUUGCAAUGUAUGUCCAAGAGUAUGGUUCAAAAUGUCCUUUUCCAAAUCAAAGACAUGUCUAUCUUUCGUACAUAGAUUCUGUUAAAUACUUCACGCCUGGAAUAAAAGCUGCGAGCGGAGAGGCUCUUCGGACGUUUGUGUAUCAUGAAAUAUUGAUUGGGUACCUGGACUACUGCAAGAAGCGAGGUUUUGUGAGUUGCUCUAUAUGGGUUUGCCCAUCAGUGAAGCGCGAUGAUUACAUUCUGUACUGUCAUCCGACUAUCCAGAAGAUGCCAAGGGCAGAAAAACUUCGUGAUUGGUACCAUAAACUGAUCAGCAAGGGUACCAUUGAUGAUGUUAUUGUCGAGCACACUAACUUACAUGAUCGUUUUUUCUUAUCCACUGGUGAGCAUAACACAGCUACUGCUGCGAAUUUACCGUAUUGCGAGGGUGAUUACUGGCCAGUUGAAGCAGAAGUGCUCCUUAAGGAUGACUCUGGGAGCACUUCUCAGAAGAAAGGGGCAAAGGCUGCUAAUGAUAGGAUGCUUAGGGCAUACAAACGUGGCUCUGUAGAAAGAGAUCCGAAGGAUAUGUCACUUAUGAACAAGCUUGGUGACAAAAUCCGCCCAAAGAAGGAAGAAUUCAUUAUGAUUUAUUUGCAGUAUACUUGCAAGCACUGCCGUCUUCCUAUCAUGUCUGCAGAAAAAUGGAAGUGCACAACAUGUAAAAUGUUUAUGCUUUGCAACCAGUGUUAUACUAUGGAACAGCAGCGGGAACACAAUGACAAGCACCCUAGUAUUUUGAAAGAAAAGCACUCCUUCCGAUUAAUUCAGCAAAAUGCUCUUCCAGAUACCGAUGAUGGAGAUGAAACAUUACGAAGUGAAUUUUUUGACACCAGAACUGUGUUUCUGAAUCUUUGCCAAAACAGGCAAUACCAGUUCGGUACCCUUCGUAGGGCAAAACAUUCAACAAUGAUGCUCCUUUAUCAUCUGAGUAAUUCACUAGUCGGUAAUGCAGGGAACCUGGGAGAACAAUCUGUGCAGGAAGGAGCUGCUCAUAUUGAUCAUGGAGUGGUUGAUAAUGCCACCAAAGCGGAUAAUCCUAUGCUACCUAAUAAAGGGAAUCAACACAAGCAAACUAUAGAGGAAGGAACUACACAUCAUGAUAAUGAUAUUGCCUGUAAUGCUACCAUGCCUGAUAAUUCUGUGCUGGCUAACAAAGAGAAUCCAAGAAAACAAACUAUGGAGGAUGCGCUUGAUGCUCUGGUGCAUGCAUCACGAUGCAAAGCUCCUCAUUGCAUGCUGUUGUUGUGCAACAAAGUGAAAAGACUUUUCCAUCAUGGAAGCCGUUGCAGUGUUCAUUUUAAUGGAGGGUGUGAUCUGUGUGGGAAGAUGUGGUCUCUUAUCCUACGCCAUGCCUUUUUUUGUGUGGAGUCUGACUGCUGUGUGCCUCGUUGCCAGGAUGUUAAGGAUCGCCUGAGGAACCAAACAACUCAGAGCGGAGCAGUGAGGUUUUCUAGGUUUAGGGACUCAGACAGUUUUGCAGUGUUCUAACAGUUCUCCAGAACAAUUAAUAUUACUCUUAACUUAAUCAUUUAGAGUGUUAUUCUUUUGGUAGUGUUUCUACAAACCAUUACAUUUCGUUGGCUUGUGAGAAAAGAUUAAGCCCCCUACUAAUUCCAAAGAGAAGGGGGAAUAUAGAGCAUGUGGGGGUUGUGGCAGAGAAGGAAGGAGACGAGUUUAGGGAUGAGAUGCUAAGGCUAAUUUAGGGAGUUUGGUAGACAAAAAUAUAUACAAGAAUAUCUGUAGAUGAAAGUUCCAAUAGGGUGUACAGUUCAUUUAUUGCAUUCUUUUUGUAUGACCAAUAAACAUCUAGUACUGUAAAUAAUUUUUCUUGUCAAUAAAACCAUCAUUAACUCUUUCUGCAA